AUGCUCCGUGUAUUCUGUCUCACCCUCGCUCUACAUGCGGUGCUGGGCCGUAACCUUGUACAGGUUUUACAGUCGUCGGCCAGCGAGUCUACCCUGGUCAGUUUGGUACAGAAAGCUGGUUUAGCCGGUGCCUUAGGACAAGGAACCUUUACCAUUUUCGCUCCUUCCAAUGCCGCCUUUGCUAAGUUGCCUGCCGACCUUCUAGCCUCACUAAACAGUGACGUAAACGCACUCGCAAACGUUUUGAAGUAUCACGUGGUGCAAGGAUCUAUUCAAAAGAAGGAUGCAUCCAAUGAGGCUCAACUUGAUACACUGGCUGGUACCAAAGUUCGUUUGAACAUUUACAGCCAUAAUAAUGUAAUAACUGUUGAAGGAUCUAGGAUAACGGACUUCGAUAUCGAGGCUGACAACGGAUAUAUCCAUGUUAUCGAUACAGUAAUGCUCCCACCAGAAGGCAGUAUCGUCGAUAUCGUUUCCGGUGCCCCGGAAUUAUCUGUUUUGUUAUCGAAAGUCAAAUCAGCUAAUCUGGUAUCUGCUCUACAAGGGGACGCUCUCACUGUCUUCGCUCCAACAAAUGACGCAUUCCAACGACUUGGAUCAAGAGUAUUGAACAACCUUGCCUCAAACCCACAGCUCCUUAAAGAAAUCCUGGAAUAUCACGUGGUACCACACACCGAGUAUUCCGCCGGUCUCUACAACAGGGAACAUCUCAGGACACUGGAUACUCAUCACGACGUCAUUAGAAUCGGAACUUCAGGUAGGGCAAGCUCGUCAGUCCAUGUGAACACCGCUACAGUAACAAAAGCUGAUAUUGGAGCCACAAAUGGAGUUGUGCAUAUAAUAGAUCACAAGACGAUACAACUUCCUUUCAAAAUGCUCCGUGUAGUAUUCUGUCUCACCCUCGCUCUACAUGCAGUGCUGGGCCGUAACCUUGUACAGGUUUUACAGUCGUCGCCCAGCGAGUCUACACUGGUCAGUUUGGUACAGAAAGCUGGUUUAGCCGAUGCCUUGGGACAAGGAACCUUUACCAUUUUCGCUCCUUCCAAUGCCGCCUUUGCUAAGUUGCCUGCCGACCUUCUAGCCUCACUAAACAGUGACGUAAACGCACUCGCAAACGUUUUGAAGUAUCACGUGGUGCCGGCAUCUAUUCAAAAGAAGGAUGCAUCUAACGAGGCUCAACUUGAUACACUGGCUGGUAGCAAAGUUCGUUUGAACAUUUACAGCCAUAAUAAUGUAAUAACUGUUGAAGGAUCUACUAUAACGAACUUCGAUAUCCAGGCUGACAACGGAUAUAUCCAUGUUAUCGAUACAGUAAUGCUCCCACCAGAGGGCAGCAUCGUCGAUAUCGCUUCCAGUACCCCGGAUUUAUCUGUUUUGUUAUCGAAAGUAAAACAAGCUAAUCUGGUAUCUGCUCUACAAGGGGACGCUCUCACUGUCUUCGCUCCAACAAAUGACGCAUUCCAACGACUUGGAUCAAGAGUAUUGAACAACCUUGCCUCAAACCCACAGCUCCUUAAAGAAAUACUGGAAUAUCACGUGGUACCACACACCGAGUAUUCCGCCGGUCUCUACAACAGGGAACAUCUCAGGACACUGGAUACUCAUCACGACGUCAUUAGAAUCGGAACUUCAGGUAGGGCAAGCUCGUCAGUCCAUGUGAACACCGCUACAGUAACAAAAGCUGAUAUUGGAGCCACAAAUGGAGUUGUGCAUAUAAUAGAUCACGUGCUUGUUCCUCUGAGGUUCCUCGGAACUGCAAUAUUUGGGAAGAAGUAG